AUGUCUGAAACUAUAAUAGAUCAAGUAUUUAUAAACAAGGACAAGUGUGAAUAUAACACUGAAGUAAUUGACACUGGUUUUUCGGAUCACAAGGGUAUCGAAUUGAGUUUAAAUGUCACAUCUUACAAAGACCCUGUUAUCAAUAACAAUUACAGAGAAAGGAUAUUUAUAAAUGAUGACAACAUAAGAAUUUUUAAUUACAUUCUGGAAAAUAACAACUGGGGUAGUGAAUCAAGUGGUGAUGUCAACACAAAGUUUGACUCAUUCCUUGAAAGCUACAAACACUGUUUUGAUGUUGCCUUUCCUAUAAAAAGAGUCAAACCUAAACAUAAAACCAAAACAUGGUUUACACAGGGGAUUAGAAAGUCAUCAGACACUCUCAGAAAGUUAAAUAAAUCAGCCAGGAAGAAUGUAGCACUGAAAGCACAUGUGAAAUGUUACAGAAGCCUGUACAAGAAAGUAAUAAUUGCAGCUAAGAAGCUUGAUAAUGAUUCAUAUAUUGAGAAAGGUAACAACAAAAUGAAGUCAACUUGGGAGGUAAUAAAUAAAAAUAUAGGUAGACACAAAAGAAAAGAUAACAGCUUUGUCAUUAAAAGUGGGGGUACAACUGUUAAGGAACCACUUCAGAUUGCCAACAUAUUUUACAAACAUUUCACAAAUAUAGCCAUAAAUUUAAUUAAAACUAAAAGCAAUUCCAACAGCAAGGUAAAAAUCCCCAUGAAUGACAUGACAAUGUUCCUUUAUCCAGUAACUGAAUCAGAGGUACUAAAUGCUAUAAAUAAGUUAAAAAAUAAAAUGUCAUGUGGGUGUGAUGGUAUUCCUGACAAAGUCAUUAAGCAAAGUGCAAGAAACAUAGCCUCACUUCUCACUGAAAUUAUAAAUGAAUCUUUUAAGACAGGGGUGUUUCCAUCAAAACUUAUAAUGUCAACUAUAAAGCCACUUUACAAGAAUGGUGAUAAAUAA